AUGUCAACAAAUAGUAUUACCCCGUCAUCGUCCUUCCUACGACCAUAUAUUGGUUCACGUCGUAAUCGAUAUUUUAUCGAUAACAAACUAUCGCCAUCGUUAUUAUUAUUAAAUAAUUAUUGUUUUUCAACAACUCCAUCAUCAAAAUCAUUUUUACUUAAUCAAUCGAAGAAAAGAAUUUAUUUAUCGAACGGAGUGACUACCAAUACUUUACAAGAACCAAUUCCAACGGAAUAUAUUUCUUCUCCGAUUCCAUUAGACGAACAACAAUUGUAUCAAGGACAGACAACAAAGAAUUCUUUGUCUCCGUCCUCAUCUUCAUUACUUUUCUCUCCAACUGCUGAGAACGUAACGUCUAGAACUGUUUACAAUCGUUCUCCUCAUUCUUUCGUCAAAGAACAGCAAAAAAUUCGCCAUCAUCAACAAUACGAACAACAACAUUCCCACGAGCAAUUUUCAAGUAACGAAAAUAGAAAUAAUCAAUACUUUCUAUCAGAACAAUUUAAGUAUCAACAAAAGCGAAAACAACCAUCAAUUUACAAUCAUCAUAUUGAUCUAAACGAUCUUCCAAAGGAAAAUAACUCUUUUUCAUCAUCAAAUUUAUUAAAUAAUAAUAUUACUUUACAACAAAACAAUAAUAAUCAAUCUUAUCAUUUGACAUCAACACCUUUUCAAUUACCAGUUUCAUCUCAUUAUUCAACAACAAGCAAUAAUAAUUUUACUUUAGAAUCAUCAAAUAAAAACAAUUAUAGCAAAUCAUUACCUGAUAUAUCUAAUAAUAUUCUCAAUCGAUUAUCAACUCCAAGAUUUUCUACAGAUAUUCAACUUCAAUAUGAUGUUGACCAACUAAAUAAUAUGUCAUCAUUACGAUAUUCAUCACAAUUAGGUAUGGGUCGAACAACAGCAUAUUCAUAUGAUCAACGAAUAAGUGAUCAAGGUGAUAAAUAUAUUAUUCAACUUAAAACAGAUGAUUAUCAAGAGAAUGAAUUUUCAAUCGCACCACGCUAUUAUAUGAAUCAAUUAAUUAUUGAUGCUAAACAUAGUGAAGAAGAUAAUAAUGGUGGUUAUUUACGUCGUGAAUUACAUAAAGUAUUUAAUAUUCCCAAACAUGUUGAUUUAAAUAAAUAUACAUAUACAUAUAAUAAAAAUACUCUAGAAUUAACAAUUGAAAUGCCUUAUUUACAACCAAUAACAAAUGAAAAUAAAAAUAAUUCUUCAUUCAUUCCACCAAUUCAAAAUACAAUUCAAUCAUUAACAUUUUCUUAUGGUGAUAUUAAUUUAGCCAAUGGAGAAAAAAUUUCACCAACAAUACAUAAUCAAUUAGAUCAUCAUCAUAAUGUCACUACUACUAAUACAAAUAAUAAAAAUGAAUAUGGUACAGGAAUUAAUAAUAGUUCAACAAUAACACAUAAUACAUUAGCUAUGGGACCAAUAAAUGAAUCAUCAAUUGAAAGUACUAAACCUUUUGAUUAUGAUUUAUUUCAUCGAUCAAUAUUUUGUCCACAAAUUAUUCAAACAACAUCAAAUGAAAAAAAUAUUCAUGAAAAAAAAUUACUUAUGUCUUUAGAUUUAAGUGAUUAUCAACCCGAAGAUAUAAAAGUAUCAGUUCAAGAACAAGAAUUAAUUGUUAAAGCAGAAAGAAAAAUCGAAACUAAUACACGUAAAUCACGUACAUCAUUUUUUCAAUCAACUAGUUUACCACCACAAACUGAUAUUGAACAUUUAAAAUCAAAUUAUAUUGAUGGAAAAUUAAUUAUUGAAGCACCAUAUCUUGAACAACGGAUUAAAACAAUUCAAAAUCAAGAAAAAAAUGGGUGA